AUGACCCCCGCCCGUCCGGCCCCCGACGUCCCAAUCAGUCACCACCUCCCUGAAGGAAAACAAACCGGCCCCAGGCGCAUCCCUCCACGUGCAGCGCGCCACUGCGGCCAGGCGAAGGCCGACGCCGCGUCUCCCCGCCUGUCGCCCCGACGCGCGGCCCCACUAUUGCGCGCGCCCUCCAGGUGGCUCCGCGUCCCCGGGGGCGGGGGCAGCGCCGGGAGGCGGCCUCGGCGGCGGCGGGCUGGGGCGCUCGGUCGCUCACUCGCUCGCUCGGGGUCGGGGCCCCGCGGCGGCUGCGCCCCCUCCGCCGCGCCCCGGGUGCCGAUCCGCCGCCUUCCUUCCCGGGGAGCGGGGGUGAGGGGAGGGGCCGGCGCUCCUGGCCGCUGCCUCGGAGCCCAAGGGUCCUAUUUCGUUUCCCCACCGUCUCCUCGUCCCCGCAGCCCGACCAGAGGCCCGAGCGGCCCGGUCAGGGACGAGAGCGCGGCCGCCGCGGGCGAGGGUGGGAGAGCGCGCGCGAGGGCAGGGUGGCCGGCGACAGGGGCCCGGCGGCCGGACUUACUCGGGUCACAACUUCGGCGACGCGGGGCGGAGGAACCGGUUCUUCCAAGACCAACCCGAAAUGGCUGCAUGUAUCCAAUAAAAGUGGAAGAGGGAAGAUAAUGGCCUGAACAGUGACGUGUCUAGGGACAUAAAUGUGCGGAGCAGCUCGGCGGUCGGGAUUUUUCCAGGGAAACCUCAAAGAGAGAUGCUGUUCCGAGGCUGUUUCUAAGUAGGAGUGGAUUAUUUCCCCAAGGAUUGUGAACAGUUCCUUUGUCCAAAUCCAAGAUACAGAAAUGCAUACGCUCUCUGAAACAGGACAUUCGAAUUUCAUUUAUUUAGAUCUAAAGCCCUCAAAGAAUUUGAGAUGCAGAGAUGAAAAGACUCUUUUUUAAUGAUAUGUUUUCGGUAAACAGGCAGAUACGCGAAAGAGGGCGGUUUGCUUCUGGAAGCUGAUUCGCUUUCGAAUGUGUCUUCUACUUGCUAAAAGUAUAUAUUAUUGGAAACAAACUCCAAAGACAAACUUCUGUCAAUGUAGAUGCAUCUUUUGAUAAGUAAAAUCAAACACAAAUUUUCUUUGGAAAGGAAAGAAAAAUCAAAGAGCUACCGCUGACAUCUCAAUCAAGUUAAGAUUUAAGAAAAAUUAAUCCCUCUGUAAGAACGUUGCUUUGUUUUUCUUUUCUAACAUGUCUUGAAUUAAACAAAACAUGUUAACAAGAUUGUAACGAAAACUCUGCAUCAUGUAAACAUCCAAAGAAAGAAAUUCUAGAUUGAUUAUAUUCUGGGACCGCAAAGAUUUUAUUACUAGAUAUACUGAAAUAGUGGAAUAAGAGACGGUGAAAGCUGUAGGACUCUGGGGCAGGGGGGUGUUAGGGAGACUUUGGAAAACUUUCCCCCAAUUAAAAAAAUACUUCAUAAAAUGUAAAUGCAAUAAGUUGAGCUGAAUUUUAUUUUUCCAGGAUUAAAAUACGUAUUUAGUAGGUUUGGAAAGGCCAAUUGCCAAUUCAUGAACCUAUCAGAAUAAAAUAUAAACGCAAAUGCCAACGCCUGUGGUUUGUGUAAACUACAUAAAAUCAAGAGGUUUUUAUAUUUGGAUGGAUAAUGGACGGAUAUAAAAUGAUAGAUAAAAAUCAGUUGUUACGGCUUUUCAUGGAUUCCCAUGUGCCUAUUAAUUCCCCUAAGUUUCCAAAUUUUUUUCACUUACAAACACUUGUCUAAUAUUUUAAGCUUUUGAAACUGGGGCAGGCAUCACUUCCUGGUUUCACUUCUCAGAAGUACAUGGGAAAAGAUAACCAAAGAGAUACUUCUAAGUGAAGCGCGUCCUUGCCGCUUGACCUCAGGAAACAAUGAGAAGUGUUUGGCCAUCUCUGCAAGGAUGCUGGGUGUGAGGGGAGGAGGCCCGGGCGCUUCAACUGCCGUCCACCGUCCCACUUCCUUACGAAGCUUUGAAUAACGCCCAUCUAAACACCAUUCUUGGGGAAAUGGAGGGGAAAGUAGAGAGCUCGUUCGGGUGGGAGAAGUAGGGUGUGGGGGCUAUUUUACGACGUCUUGGUGAGGAGGGCUGAUCAGGAAGGCCCUCUGGACCGCUCAGACCCACGGAAGGUUAGGUGGGUCUACACUGGGCCUGCCUGUUGAGCGAGCACCUCCGCUGCGGGUCGCUCCCGCGGGUGGU